GGCAAACUGUACUAAAAAGUCACAGAUGGUAGAAUGAAUUUGUAUGCGCUCCACUCAACAUGUGUAGCCCUGCGGCGGUGACCAGGCCGCUCCGAAUCACAGUUCACCACGGCCAGAAACUGUCAGUGGUGCUGGACGGCUUUGUGUCUGGUGGCCGGAGGUUCAAGUCCGGUGCCAGCAGACACGUGGGACAAAAAUUGCAGCCAACGAUAGAAACAACUCCGGAGAAGUGCAAAACAAUAGACGAUCUACACGGACCUAGUUUGGCCACGACUGUGUAUUGGCUGUUCGUGAAGGGAUAUGCAGAUAAGAGCCAUGCGAUGCAGGUUGAACACAAGAAACUGUACGGGCCCAUCUGGCGCUCGCGGUUCGGCCCGUUUGAUGUGGUGAACGUGGCGUCUCCAGAGCUCAUAUCCCAGGUGAUCCGUCAGGAGGGCCGCUACCCGGUCCGGACAGAGCUGCCACACUGGAAGGAGUACCGCGAUAUGAGGGGACAGGCCUAUGGACUCCAUGUGGAUAAAGGCCCACAGUGGUACCGUAUCCGUAGUGUCCUGAAUCCAAAGAUGCUGAAGCUAGCGGAGGUGUCUGCGUACGCGCCUGUCAUCCACCAGGUGGUAGGGGACCUGCUACAGCGUAUUGAGAGCCUCCGCCUCCGCAGUCAGGACCACACCACCGUACCAGACCUCACCGCAGAGCUCUACAAGUUUGGCUUUGAAGGGAUCUCUUCCAUCCUGUUUGAGACGCGGCUGGGUUGUCUGCAGGAGGAGAUCCCUAAGGACACGCUGAAGUUCAUCGCUGCAGCCAACGACAUGCUAACCCUGUCUGAGACCGUCCUCUUCCUCCCGCUCUGGACACGCAAAGUCCUGCCCUUCUGGAAACGAUUUGUCCAAGCCUGGGACGACCUGGUGGCUGUAGCUCAGCGUCUCAUUGACCAUAAGUUGGCGCAGAUGGAUGCCCAGGUGCUGGCUGGGAAGCAGGUGGAGGGGAUGUAUCUCACCUACCUGCUGUCCUGUGAUAAACUGACCCUGGGAGAGGUGUACAUCAGCAUCACAGAGCUGUUGCUGGGCGGAGUGGACACGACGUCCAACACCUUGUCGUGGGCGUUGUACCAGUUGGCUCGCGACGCCGCGACUCAGGACAGGCUGUACCGUGAGAUCAUGUCCGUGUGUCCGGGAAGACAGCAGCCCAGAUCAGAGGACCUGAGCAGGAUGCCCUACCUGAAGGCUGUCAUCAAGGAGACUCUGAGAAUGUACCCUGUAGUUCCAGGGAAUGGCCGUCUAACCGUAGACAAUGAAGUUGUUGUGGACAACUACUGGUUCCCAAAGAAGACCCAGUUCCAUCUCUGUCACUAUGCUGCCAGUCAUGACGAGGGGGAGUUUGUGGAUGCAGAGUGUUUCAGGCCUGACCGUUGGCUGCGAGGGGACCCAGAGUCGUACCAACACCAUCCCUACAGCUCUAUACCCUUCGGGGUGGGCGUGAGAGCCUGUGUGGGCAAGAGAGUGGCAGAGCUAGAGAUGUACUUUGCCCUCUCCAGGCUGAUGCAGCAUUAUGAGAUCCAGCCAGAGGAUGGGGCCCCGACCACAGAGCCCAAGACUAGAACACUGCUCAUCCCAUCCAAACCCAUCAACCUGCGCUUCCUACCCCGAGCCUGAGGAGGGUGCCAGGGAGUUAUAGAAAGGGAUUGACAGGAGGGUCUGGUGUUGUGGUGUGCUGUGGUAACCUCCAGUCCCCUAGAUCCCCUUAAACAUAGCCGAUUGAAGUAGUUUGGGUGGGGGUGGGGGGAGGGGAUGCUGAAAAAUAAAGUUUGUUCAUGCUACAGACAGCUAUAUCGGUCUGCUAAUACAGGACUAGUAAAGGCUCAGUGCACAACUUUUGUGAAGAAACUAUACCCCCCCCCCCCCAAAUGCCCUCAAACCAAAUCUGAUUCAUAAUCAGGUUAUUCUGACACGGAACCCAAACCGGCUGCGCGCGUGCGCUAUCGUGCAUACAUUUAUUUGUCCCCCCACACCAAAUGCGAUCACGACACGCAGGUUAAAAUAUCAAAACAAACUCUGAACCAAUGACAUUCAU